AUGUACUUCCAGUCUUUUGCUGUCCUGUCGCUUGCUGCUCUCGCUAUUGCUGCGCCCACACCCAACAAGCACGCACUUGAAGCACGACAAAGCGCCGCGGUAUUUGCGGAUACGACCUACAACGCCAUAUCCAUCUCCGGCGGCCAGGCUGGAAAUGCCAAAGCCGAGGCUGCCGCGGUAUUCAAAGCACUGGACGUCAACAACCUCAAAGAUAUCGCUAGUGAAGACCUGACCUUUCUGAACACCGUCAAUCAGGUCGCCAACGAUGCCGAAAAAGAAGUUUUCAACCCCGCGGUUGAAGCUGCUACCGGCGAUCAGGCCACUCAGAUCCAGAACGGCAAGAUCAAGAACAAGGUUCUGAAGCUGAUGGCCACCGUCCUCAAGCUCCAAGCGCAGGAAGCUCAGGGCCAGGACGUUGCAGCUACGCUGGCGGAAGAGACGAAGAAGUUUGACAACAACGUCGCUCUGGACGUCAAGGCCGCCGGUCAGGUCUCUAUUGCGGAGCCAUUUACUGCCACCAUCUCCGGCAAGGGUAAAUAA